AUGGGUCAGCGACAUUCGAAGCUGCAUCCUCCUCCCACUACGAACUUACCACCACCGUCGAAUCCGAAUUCUUCUCUGAGAGUUCGAGACUCGGACGAUGACUGCCGAAUCCUCCGUCGGACACUGGGCGCUGUCCAUAAAAUCUGCAAAGAAAAACCUCGACAGAUCGGUGCUUUGGCACAAUCUUUAGGGCAAGCUGCCGGCCCUGAUGGCCCUGAUCGCGGACUCGCGAUGUACAUCAAGAAUUUUGACGAUUCCGUUGUCGCGCUGUAUCGACACUUCCAGCAGAAUGUGCACCUUUCACAUGCCGGUGAUUUGCGCCUCUCUCGGAAGGAGACCUCAGAUGAACUUGGACGGCUGGCGGUGGAUAUAGAACGCUGGUACAAGGAUUUUACUGCACACGCGCUCAUUCAGAGUGCAAAUGGGAAAGAAAGCAGGGCAGCUUCGAGCUUGAAAGCCGAGGCCAAAACUUUGGGAAAGAGAUGUUACGCUGCAGCUGGGAGGUUAGAUGCUUUGACUCUGUUGCAUCAGAACCGCAUGCCGCCUGUCAAACGUUCGGCUCGGGGCUAUUCACCGUCUAUGACAACUAUCAGGACCAUCUCGAGAACUCCUUCGCCCGUGGUGAGAAGGUCAGGGACUCCUGUGUCGAUUCAGUCGCCCAUGCCGAGACAAGGGCAUGGUUACGGCCCGGAAUUGGAUCCUCGCCGAGCACAAGGAUUGGGCUUCAGUAUCACUAAUCAGGGACAGGUAAUCGAGGGAUGGGGAUGA